AUGAUUGCAAAAAGAGCGGCCUUUCUGGUGCGUCUAGGCCCAUUUGUGCCUCUAGGCACUGUCUCGCAGGCUAGAACGUUCAUGUUUAGUUCCCGUGGCAGAAACAGCGCCAAAAAGGGUGAUUCGGAGAGUUCAGGAAAUGGAGAAACUGGUUAUGAUGCGGGGGCUUCAUCUGGAAUCCCUACUGCCCCAUCUUCUGCUAGUCACAAUUACGAUAAAUCGCUUUUUGAGAAGAAUCUCUUUUACAACGUCGCCGUGGCUUUUCAAGCGAAGAACAGAAAGGAAGGAAAUAUUUUCCGUCAGAAGGAGAAGAAAUCCCCAGCCGAACUACUGCCUUCUGGUGAGGACAAUUUGUUCGUGACCAAUCCAGACAAAGAAGGAUACCUAGCGUUGGGAGUAGCUGAUGGUGUUGGAGGUUGGUCUGAGGCAGGAUAUGACUCGCUGGCCAUUUCUAGAGAGCUCUGUGCUAUAAUGAAGUCCCAUUUUGAAUCUUCGGAUAACAAGGGGGCUCUCAGCCCCAAGAAUUUGUUAGAGGAGGCAUUUACAAAAGUGCUCGCUUCUCCAAAAGUCGAGAUUGGAGGAACGACCGCAUGUUUGGGUAUAUUGACCCCAGAGAGGAAGCUACAUGUAGCCAAUUUGGGUGACUCGUGGUGUGGUGUUUUCAGAGACUACAAACUUAUCAAAGAGACCAGGUUCCAAACACACAACUUCAAUACUCCAUUUCAAUUAGCCAAGAUUCCAAAACAGAUCUUGCGCCAGGCAGAGCUUCAGGGGAAACGAUACAUCAUAGAUUCCCCAGAUUCCUGUGACCAGUAUGUUUGGGACCUUCAGAAAGAUGACGUUGUCAUUUUUGCUACUGAUGGAGUCACAGAUAACGUGAUUCCUCAAGAUAUCGAGAUUUUCUUGAAGGAUCAAGACCAGAACACCACGCCUUUGCAAGAUAUGUCUGUUCAAUUUGUCAAGGAGGUGGUGAAAGUGUCUAAAGAUCCAAACUUCCCUAGUGCUUUUGCCCAAGAGCUCUCCAGGCUUACUGGUCAAAGAUACUUGGGAGGCAAGGAAGAUGACAUAACGGUGGUCAUGGUUAAGGUUCUCUAA